AUGACGAUGCUUGAUCGCCUCAGCCGCAAUUUGAGGAUGUCUUCCUUUAAUGGUCCUCCACCAUCUUUGCACUUGAACAACGGACCUCCAAACUUCAUAAUUGUUCAGCCAACGUAUAUUUUUUUCGUGGUGACAUCACGUCGCGUUGCAUUCUGGGUAAUUUGGGUAUUUGGGUAUCAAUCAAUUCUUAUUGUUGUGGUUGUUGUUGACUUUCAUGUUCAGUCUCUUUCGUCCACUAAGGACAUAUGUUGUCUUCUUUAUUUCUCCAGGCAGCUCCACACUCCCACCAACCUCCUCCUCCUCUCUCUCGCUGUCUCUGACUUUCUGGUGGGCCUCCUGGUAACACCUAGUGGGAUCUACAUGAGAACUUCCUGCUGGACUCUUGGUGAUGUUUUUUGUACUCUGCUGUUCUACAUAACAUUCCUAGUGACGUCGGUCUCAGUAGGAAACAUGGUGCUGAUAUCAGCUGACCGUUAUGUGGCUAUUUGUGAUCCUCUGCAUUAUAACACCAAAGUCACUGUGAAAAGGGUUCAGCUUUGUGUUUGUCUCUGUUGGUUCUUUUCUCUCCUCCUUUGUAGCAUCAUCUUGAAAGAUGCUCUGACUCAUCCUGGAAAGGCUAAUUCCUGCUAUGGAGAGUGUGAAAUCAGCAUUUACUUUGAAGGAGGGAUUGUUGACCUAGUUAUGACCUUCCUCCUUCCUCUCAGCAUCAUCGUUACGCUGUACACGAGAGUGUUUGUGGUUGCUGUGUCUCAGGCCCGAGCCAUGCGUUCUCAUGUUACAUCAGUCAAACUACAACAUCCAGUCUCUGUCAGAGCAAAAACAUCAGAGUUGAAGGCAGCCAGGACUCUUGGUGUCCUGGUCCUGGUCUUUCUCAUGUGUCUCUGUCCAUAUUACAGCGUUUCUCUCGCAGCUUACAACAAUAUGAUAUCUUCAUUUACCCGCUAUGCUCCUUAUCUUUUUGAUCUAAACUCCUGUUUAAACCCGUUGAUCUAUGCCUUGUUCUAUCCCUGGUUUAGAAGAGCUGUUAGACACAUUGUCACUCUGCACAUACUGCAGCCUGGCUCCAGGGGGGACAACAUACUGUAAAGAAAAUGACCGAAAUAAUAAUAAUAAUAAAUAGCUUAUUUGCUUCAUUGUUAGUUAUUGAAAUGCCCGAUAAAGGACAUAUUUAAUGUGUUUCUAACCAUAAUAGUCCUUUAUUCACAUCAUGGUCCAUGUGACAGCAGUGUUGAAGUGGUGCGCAUUACCACGGUGGGUGAGGCAGCAUUUAGCCACUAUGGCCCCCCCACCUGUGGAACAGCCUGCUGGAGAGCCUCAGGACUGCGGAGACUGUUGAUAUUUUUAAAAGAAGAUUAAAGACGCACCUUUUUAAUCAGGCUUUUAACUAAUAUUGUUAAGCUUUUAUUAUGUUUUUAUCCUUUCAGUCCGAUUUUAUGUUCUUAUUCUUCAGCUUUUAACUCCAGUGUUUUGUUUUUAUCUUGUUAGUCCUAUUUUAUGCUUUUAACUCCAGUGUUUUGUUUUUAUCUUGUUAGUCCUAUUUUAUGCUUUUAACUCCAGUGUUUUGUUUUUAUCUUUUUAGUCAUAUUUUCUGCUCUUGGUCUUCAGUUUUUUAACUCCAGUGUUAUGUUUUAUCUUUUAGUCCUAUUUUAUGCUCUUAGUCUUUAGCUUCUAACUCCAGUGUUUCCUCAGGGGGGUCCUCCACACUGGGAGCUGUUCGGGUAUGCUGAGGGGGUGCCAUCCUUGGGUCCCUUCGACACGGCCGGUUGGGGGUUCCUCCCCUUAAUGUGGGGGUCCGCCCGUCUAACGGAGUCGGGGGGCCCGGGUGCUGGUCCUCCGAUGGCACGGCCUGCAGCUCCUCCCAGUGUGGACGGCCCCAAAGGUGGCGUUGCCUUGUUCCUCAGUACCAUGCCAUGUCUCCCUACUGUGUGUGAUUGUGUGCUUGCGUGUGUGUGUGCGUGUGUGGGUCUAGUAUGGAGGGUGGGAAGGAGGGGCUUUCUUUUUGCUUCAUUGUUUUCCUUUUUAAUUGUGGAAAUUGUUUUAAUUCUGGAAAGCACUUUGUGUUGCAUCUCCUUGCAGGAAAAGUGCUAUAUAAAUAAAGUUGAUUUGAUUUGAUUUGAUUAGCAACCAUUCAUUACCAAGUCCACUAACUUCAAUGUAAGACAUAACGCUUAGAGUGCUAUAUUCAACAAAUAAGCAUAUUUAUAAAAAUACAGUUUGUCCGACAUGGCUGCAAUGUCUCAGCCAGGUAUUUUUUUUUGUUUGAAAUGUUUUUUUUUCAAAAAUAGGACUUGAAAAAGAGAGGUCUUCUCAUAUUCAGGUAAAUAUGGUAUUUAUUUCUGACCCUAUUACUGAAAAUGGAGUAUUGCAACUGUAUAUUUGUCAU